GGGCCGCCCGCCCGAGGGGGAGGAGGCUGUGUUGCCCUUGCUGCAGGUUCGCUGUCGAGCGCACAGGAGGCAGGGACAUGGGUAGGGUGCGGUCUGCGCGGGGCCCGAGCCCGGAUCUCUUCCAUUUCCCCUCUCACUCGGCCCCGGGCCGCGCCGCAGACGGCAGCAGCUCCCGCUCCGCCCGAGCCGCCUGACCGCCGGGCCGGGGUGCUAACCGCGGGGCCCUGCAGCCCGCCGGCCCGGCCAGCCCAGCCCAGCCCGGCGGCCCGCAGCCCCGCCGCCCGCCGCCCCCCGCCGCCGCCGCGUUGCCAAAACAAACGGGCCGGCCUAUUUAUUGGCGGCCGGCGAGCCCGGCAGCUCAGAGUCGAGGCGCCGAGGGGGACAGCGCGCCGCCACCAGCUCGGGCCCCGGGCCCCCGCCCCGCACUUGAGUCCCGCCGGCCCUGGCCGCACCGUGCCGCCCAUGGCGCCCCCGCCUGGAGCCCCCCGGAGCCACCUGGACGCCUGAGCCCCCGCAGCGCUCCCGUCGACUCGCCUGCCCAUCAGCCCACCAGGAGCCCUCGCCCGCCGCUUCCCCGGGUUCCCUGGCCAUGUCUCCCGCCCGGCUCCGGCCCCGACUGCACUUCUGCCUGCUCCUGUUGCUGCUGCUGGUGGUGCCGGCGGCAUGGGGCUGCGGGCCGGGCCGGGUGGUGGGCAGCCGCCGGCGACCGCCGCGCAAACUCGUGCCGCUCGCCUACAAGCAGUUCAGCCCCAACGUGCCCGAGAAGACCCUGGGCGCCAGCGGACGCUAUGAAGGCAAGAUCGCUCGCAGCUCCGAGCGCUUCAAGGAGCUCACCCCCAAUUACAAUCCAGACAUCAUCUUCAAGGACGAGGAGAACACAGGCGCCGACCGCCUCAUGACCCAGCGCUGUAAGGACCGCCUGAACUCGCUGGCUAUCUCCGUGAUGAACCAGUGGCCCGGUGUGAAGCUGCGGGUGACUGAGGGCUGGGACGAGGACGGCCACCACUCAGAGGAGUCCCUGCAUUAUGAGGGCCGCGCGGUGGACAUCACCACAUCAGACCGCGACCGCAAUAAGUAUGGACUGCUGGCGCGCUUGGCAGUGGAGGCCGGCUUUGACUGGGUGUAUUACGAGUCAAAGGCCCACGUGCAUUGCUCCGUCAAGUCCGAGCACUCGGCCGCAGCCAAGACGGGCGGCUGCUUCCCUGCCGGAGCCCAGGUACGCCUGGAGAGUGGGGCGCGUGUGGCCUUGUCAGCUGUGAGGCCGGGAGACCGCGUGCUGGCCAUGGGGGAGGACGGGAGCCCCACCUUCAGUGAUGUGCUCAUUUUCCUGGACCGCGAGCCCCACAGGCUAAGAGCCUUCCAGGUCAUCGAGACUCAGGACCCCCCACGCCGCCUGGCACUCACACCCGCUCACCUGCUCUUUACAGCUGACAAUCACACGGAGCCGGCGGCCCGCUUCCGGGCCACAUUUGCCAGCCACGUGCAGCCUGGCCAGUAUGUGCUGGUGGCUGGGGUGCCAGGCCUGCAGCCUGCCCGCGUGGCAGCUGUCUCUACACACGUGGCCCUUGGGGCCUAUGCCCCACUCACAAGGCACGGGACACUGGUGGUGGAAGAUGUGGUGGCAUCCUGCUUCGCGGCCGUGGCUGACCACCACCUGGCUCAGUUGGCCUUCUGGCCCCUGAGACUCUUUCACAGCUUGGCGUGGGGCAGCUGGACCCCUGGGGAGGGUGUGCAUUGGUACCCCCAGCUGCUCUACCGCCUGGGGCGUCUCCUGCUAGAAGAGGGCAGCUUCCACCCACUGGGCAUGUCCGGGGCAGGGAGCUGAAAGGACUCCACCGCUGCCCUCCUGGAACUGCUGUACUGGGUCCAGAAGCCUCUCGGCCAGGAGGGAGCUGGCCCUGGAAGGGACCUGUGCUGGGGUGCACUGGCUCCUGCCAUCUCCUCUGCCAUGGAGAUACAUCAUUGAGACUUGACUGGGCAACACCAGGGUUCCCCACCCCCGCCGUGGUGUAGUCAUAGAGCUGCAAGCUGAGCUGGCGAGGGGGUGGUUGUUGACCCCUCUAUCCUAGAGACCUUGCGGCUGGCACGGCGACUCCCAACUCAGCCUGCUCUCACUAUGAGUUUUCAUACUCUGCCUCCCCCAUUGGGGAGGGCCCAUUCCAUCUGUCUUAGGCCCCUUUGGGUGGGCUUGCACCUCAGUUGAUGCUGCUAAAUUCCCUGGGAGCCAGCAUGGAGCUGGCUGGACCCGAUGCUGUCCAGAACUGGGAAGGCCACAGGGGUGGGGCAGCCAUCCCGGCCAUUCUGAGGUAUGACAUUCCUCCCCGGCCACACUCCUCAAGACACAUCCAGAGACUGUUGCUGUCAGUGGGCAGAGUUCUGUGUUCUGGCCAAUGUGACCAUAGUGCUGGGGACUGGGGGAAGUGGGCUGGAUGUGCUUGCCACCCCCCGGCCUAAGCUCCCUCUUCUGCUGAACCAUGAUCCCCACCCCUUCCGCUGGUCAGUCUCCCAUACCUUAUUUAUUGGCGCGGAGGGGGAAGCCCAUGGGAGAAUUCUGGGGAUGUUUUGGUCUUUUCUUCCUUUUGUAAUAAAAAUUAUUUAAGUUGUUAGA